CUUUCCCUUUUUGAUUCUUCGUAGAGCUCUAGCACCGUUCACAGUUCGUACGGUCCCGAAGUAAGUGUUCUGCCCUGUGUCUCUCUGUGUGUCCAUAGGAAAAAAGUGGUCAUAAAUUAGUGCAUUUUGUGCGGCCAAUUUCUCCAGGAUCUUACUCCGAACAUUUUAAUUGUUUGUGACAUUUAAACAUACUGACAUCGAAUAACAAUCGCAUCCAUCAUGGCUGAGAAACCAAAGCGUCCUCUAUCGGCUUAUAUGCUGUGGCUGAACUCGGCCCGCGAACAGAUCAAAAAGGAAAACCCUGGCAUUAAAGUGACAGAAAUCGCCAAGAAGGGCGGAGAGCUGUGGCGUGGAAUGAAGGACAAGAGCGAAUGGGAGUACAAGGCAGCCAAGAUGAAGGAUGAGUACAACAAACAGAUGCAAGAUUUCGAGCGAAACGGUGGCAGCAAGGACGCCGGAACCAAGAAAAAGAAAGGUGCAAAGAAAGUUGCCAAAAAGAGCAAAAAGAAGGAUUCGGAGGAUGAAGAUGACGAGUCUGGAGAUGAGAGCGACUGAACUAAUCACUAACCUUAAAAUAAUUAUUUUUAAUUUAUUGUGUAAAUGUUCGGGGCCUUACUUCAACUACAAAUCACAGCAUCUCUCUCUGUCUUUUACACACGAAACAAAAACCAACAACACUCCUGGACAUCGCUCUAUAGCCACUCCGCCCCUCCAAUCCCCCCCACACCCUUGUGUCCGACCUGUUUUAUUCCUACCCACCCAGGAUGUGUGUUCCGGGAAUCGGGGUAAUGUAACGCCACAUCCCUCACACAGCCUACCAUCACCAAAAUCCGGCACCAACCCCAUCCUUCCCAAACUCUACGUAAAGAAAGGCUUUCCGACCGUUGAUUAACCUUCAGAUUCCUUCUCCAACUACUACUACUACUACCACCACAACUACUACUAUUAUUACUGCUAACGAAAAUCUAUCAACUUGCCAACGCGUCACACACAACUUUACACAAAAUUGAAAUGAAAAGAUAAAAAAACAACUAAAAAACCGUAAAA